AUGUUCCUAGCACGCGCUCUACUCCGCAGUACGCAAUCCCGCCUAUUGCCGAACCUGCGUUCCAGCUUUGCCCGUUUAAUAGAAGUCCGCGGGCCAAGCUCCAGGCUCAAUCCACAUUGCCUUGGGCUCCCUCAAAAGCUAUCGCAACAUUACCUUAUCUCGCGACCGAUAUCGUUGCAUGUCAACUUGGGUCUGCAAUCAACUUCAAAUACGAUAGGAUUAAGAUCAAAACUAGUACGAUCGACGCCCGGAGCAGGACCCCCAGUCUUCCUUACAGUUCCGCCACCCCGACCCCCCGGUUUACGACAAUUCUCGAGCUCCAUCCUACGAAAUGCUAGGUAUAGACGGUUUGGAGAUGGCGGUGGUGGUGGCGGGUAUCAGGGGGAAUCGAUGUUCGCAAGGAUGUUAAAAGCAGCGCAGCCACAUCAUUUUGUCAUUAUAGGGCUUGGUCUUGGAGGAAUUUAUAUUUAUAAUACUGAUACUGUUGAGAUGACCGGUCGCCGGCGCUUCAAUUGCGUCUCCCGUCAGUGGGAAUUGAAUUCUGGGAUUCAGACCUAUCAUGAGAUCCUUCGGACAGAAAGGGGUAAAAUCCUCCCAGACAAUCAUCCGUUGACAAUUAUGGUGAAUCGGGUGUUGGAUCGGUUGAUUCCGAUGGCUCCCAUUGAGGGGGCUAGUUGGAAGGUCCAUGUUAUCCAUGAUGAUAGCAUGGUGAAUGCGUUUGUGCUGCCUGGGGGCAAGGUGUUUGUAUACACGGGUAUCUUGCCUAUUUGUGGAGAUGAAGACGGUCUGGCAGCUGUUCUGGGCCAUGAGAUUGCCCAUGUUGUUGCCCGUCAUCCUGCAGAGCGCAUGAGCAAUAGCAUUAUUACUCUUGGUUUGGUGUUUCUCAUCUCUGCACUUUUUGAUAUCUCGGGCCAGUUUCCGUCGUUGUUUUUAAACCUCAUUUAUGGUCUGCCUAAUUCGCGGACGCAAGAGGCCGAAGCAGAUAAUAUCGGAUUAAUGAUGAUGGCUAAGGCUUGCUUCAAUCCAGAAGCAGCGGUCAGGCUUUGGGCCCGUAUGCAGAAAGCAGAACAGACUGCACCACCGCAGUUUAUGUCGACACAUCCAUCGAGUUAUAAUCGAAUGGAAGCCAUUCGUGAGUGGCUACCCAAGGCAGAAAACCUGUCUGAGGAUAGUGGAUGCCAUUCGAUUAGGAGCUAUUUGCCCGGAUUCAGACAAGCUUCUGGUACUAGUACCUUUGGCUGGUAG